AUGGCAUCAGCAUCUCAGACAAACCCGGAUGAUUUUUUGAUUCGUUUCGAAGGACAAUUUGAUGGUGGAUUCUACAAGAUCACUCGCGAAGGAUCAAGUGCAAUUUUGUCUGUUACAUUAAUAGAUAACGGCUCAAUCAUGGUUAAACCUGAUAUCUUGGUUGCUAGGAGUGGUAACAUUGCUUUCAAGCGUGCUUUUCGGUUUAAACUCCGAAAAUUACUCAACGAUGAUCCUUUUUUCGAGUAUUUUUGCGUGGGCAAAGGUGAAAUAUUAUUGGCACCAUCAAUAUGGGGAGACAUUGUUCCAAUUCAUCUGGAUGGUGACACUAAAUGGACAGUGGGCAGAAAUGGUCAUUUAGCAAUGACUUAUGGAAUAGUCAAAGAAACAAUGUCUCAUCCAAUAUGCCGAGAAAUAAUGAUGAACGAGCCCGUCUUUGUUUACAGAUUUUCCGGUUCUGGUGUAGUCUUUAUACCAUCACUUGGUGCUGUACAGCAACGCACAUUGAAUAAAGGCGAAAAAUGGUUUGUUAACCUUGCUGCUUUGGUUGCUUGGAAUUGUUAUUAUGAAAUGAAGGGUGAUGAACAGGAUCUAUCCAUAGUCUGUUGCUUUGAAGGGCCAGGCACAGUUAUCACUCAGGUUUGCUAUCACUCAUUUUGUUGUUCGAUGAUAUUGACUACUAUUAUUUAGGCUCAAAAUCAUAACGCACUUCCAUCUUGGAUUAUACGCCGGGGAGAAAACUGAUCAGUCGCUUUAGCUAUAGGCUUGGUAUAAUAAAAAUGACAAUUAACAUUUACUUAAUUAUUUUUGUAGGUGUUUCAUUAUAAAAAUUGUUCUUGAAUGUACAGCGAAUGAUCACACUAUUUUACUUAAACUUGGUAACGUGGGUUUGCUGGAUGUUCUCUGAUUGUAAAUGCAGGGGAGUGAACUAAUCUUGAAUCGCUGGUGUCAUCAGAACUUACGAAAAUCACUUGAACUCAGAUAAUUGUAGAGUCAACUUUUUCCUCUUACGCGAUACGUGCAAAGUUAUUUGGGUGUAGUUGGCCCCUAAUGUUGUUUGCAAAAUUCUGUCGCUAUAACAGUUGCCACUUUGCUCACACUCCUAGCAGCAGGCACUUUACUGGCCAUUUAAAUUCUUAUUUGUAUCCGUUAUCAAUAGAGAUCUUGAAUUUGAUUUUCUUCUCAAUAUGAAAUGUGUGUAUUCGCAAUGAGUGAAUGGAUAGAGAACAGGGGUGUGGGUGUGAGUGUGGGUAUGUAGAGAAAGAUCUACACCCUCCACACCUCACCCUCAAACGAGUCCUAUCGUUUUCAAGCUAUCGAAUUUACUCGGAAGAGACUAAUGGGAUGAUUUCAUAUUAAAUUGGAGUAACACCUUAAAAUGGGGUGAAUUUUCUAUAUUCAGAAGGGUGUGGGUGUGGGUGUGGGUGUGGGUGUGGGUGUGGGUGUGGGUGUGGGUGUGGGUGUGGGUGUGGGUGUGGGUG